GCGAAUCUUGCUCGCCGUCGCCGAGGACAUCACUGCAUUUCCUUCUUAUUCCUAGACCAAGCGAAAUUCGCCGGCCCGCUCCGCCCGAAACGAAUUGGACCGGGCCGGUUUGAUCCGCGCAUCUACGCCGGCUUUAUCUCUACAAAACCCUAGUCCGAUUCUGGCCGGUGUCGUCCGAUCGACGACCCUAUCUAUCUCCUUGUUCCCGGCGACGCUCGCCGGUUGCAUUUUAGGCUGUUACUUCUAGGUUCUCGCUGAGUUGUUUCCUAUCAUUCUUUCCGGAAGCUAAUUGAUCGGUGUUAUAGCUUUACUACAGGGGAGGAUACGCCUUCCUCAUCCAUCGCGAUGUCCGGGGCGUCGGGGGACGGAGGCGGCAGGCAUUUAGGCGAUCUCCAGUUGGUUGCUGUUUCUUCCAAGACUGGCGCCGUCGCGGAAGCGGCGCCGGCAGGACGGGAUGGUGCUAUUGUGGAGUACGCCAAGAGCGGGCCUGUUCUGAGGGAGGACGAAGAGGACCUUGAGGUCAAGCUUAGACGGAUCAUGGAGAACGUUCCUGUUCGUGUUAGCAACACCUCGGGGAGUUCUGCUGGAUCUGGCUCCGGCGAUUUCCAUCAGUACCGGCAAAUGAGGAGGAAAGAGCAAGAUCGACUUGCAAGGAUGAAUGUUGAUUACCAGAAAAGAAAAGAGAUAGCAGAGUUCAAUAUGAGGAGGGAAGAAAGGCUGAAAGCUGCUGAGGAAAGGACGUCAAAGAAACGUUUGAAACGCCAAAAGAAGAAACAAAGGAAGAGGGAGAAGAAGAGUCAAGCUGGCCAUGGAGGAGAGGAAGAAACUAGAAAGAAAGAAUCCUCGGAUGAUAAAGACUUCGACGACAAUGAUGAUGAUGAUGAAGAAUUGAAGAAGUAACACACUGGCAUCAUUGUAUCUUAAAACUGAUAACCAAGAUGUUUGUUGAACUGAAAUAAUUCAGUUGACAUGUUAGAUUCUCUCUAUUUAUUGUUGAUGAAAUGUCGACAUGAUGUUAAUGUAGAGAUGCUGUAGCUGUUGGUUUUCUGGGGUUCACCUAAAUAGCGAAAUUUGUUAUUUUAAGAAGAUAA